GAGGGCCACACCGAGAGAUACCGUACUCGAGUAAUCCCACCACGACAAUUCCAUGGCGAUGAGGAGGGUAGUAGUAACGGGCAUGGGGGCUGUAACUCCUCUUGCUGUUGGUAAGCGAGCGCCGCUGAGGCUAAAGUAUUGCGAAGCUGGGCUGAUGGGUACGUACUUGUUGUGCAGGUGCUUCCAGGUCCUGGCAACGACUGGUGGAGAGCCAGUGCGGCAUCAGAUCCAUCAAAAAGCGGGUUGAAUUCAGUGGCAUACCCAGCCAGGUCGCUGCCACUGUGCCGCACGGCGCAUCUUGUCAGGGGGGGUGGGAUCCCAACGAAUGGCUGGGACGAGGGGAUGCACGAAGAAUGGCGCUCUUCACUCAGUACGCAAUUGCGGCGGCGGAAGAGGCGCUGGGCGACGCUCGGUGGUGUCCAACAAGCCAGGACGAGCGGGAGCGAACUGUACUUCACCUUUCGAAGUUUGGGACUAGCGGGGAGAGGCGGGAAGGUUAACGAUGGGGCGUAGGGAGUCUGCUUGGGAUCUGGAAUCGGCAGUUUGGAGGAUAUGUACGAUGCCUCAACAACUUUAUCGGAAGGUGUGAGUUAUGAGUUUCCGCUUGAGAAACGUCCUAGCUAAGAACAUCUCAGGGCGUCAAAAAACUGAGCGCUCUCUUCGUUCCCCGGCUACUCAUAAAUCUUGCCGCUGGCCACAUUACCAUGAAGCACAAGUUUCAAGUUAGCGCUCAUAUCUUUCCCCCCCCUCCCAAUUUCUCCCGAUGCUGCUUACAGGCUAAACUAUAACCCCUCAAGGGCCCCAACCACGCUGUAUCCACCGCGUGCACGACGGGUGCACACUCGAUCGGCGAUGCCAGCCGCUUCAUACAGUUUGGCGACGCAGACGUGAUGAUCGCCGGGGGCAGCGAAGCCUGUAUUCACCCCCUCGGCCUGGCGGGUUUCUCCCGACUAAAAAGUCUGUCAUCAGACUCUAACAGUCACCCGGAGCGAUCCUCCCGCCCGUUUGACCGUGACCGCUCCGGGUUUGUUAUGGGUGAGGGUGCUGGAGUUCUCGUGCUUGAAGAGCUGGAGCAUGCCCGCGCCCGCGGGGCGACUCCCUACGCAGAACUUCGAGGAUACGGAUUGUCUUCGGAUGCCCACCACAUUACUGCCCCACCGGAGGGCGGUGAUGGAGCAUAUCUUGCUAUGAAAAGCGCGCUGCAACAUGCUCAGAUCAAGCCCAGAGAUGUGGACUAUAUAAACGCCCAUGCAACUUCGACCCUGCUUGGUGACGCGGCGGAGAAUAGGGCCAUCAAGCGGCUGAUGCUCGGAGAGGAUGGGCACGAAAAGGCUUCCGAUGUGAAUGUUUCUAGCUCGAAAGGCGCUAUCGGACAUCUGCUGGGUGCGGCUGGCGCCGUGGAGGCGAUUUUUGCUGUCAAAGCUUUGAAUGAGGCACCCCCUCCAACACCCUUCCUAAUACAGAGCGAGGAGCACUGAUGCGCUGCAGGAUCUCCUACCGCCCACGUUGAACCUGGAAAACACCACCGAGGAGUUUGACUGUAAUUACGUCCCCUUGAAGAUGCAGAGAAGGAAGGUGGACGUGGUCAUUUCGAACAGCUUUGGGUUUGGGGGCACGAAUGCUAGCCUUUGCUUCUCCAAGGUUGCCUGAUUAAACAAUUAGUUGGAGGGGCGACGUGGGGUCGAACCAAAAGGCUCGAAUUGAGUGGAUAGGAAACCACUGGUCACCGGUUAGCAUCAUGAGGUGGACCUGCAACUUGCGAAAUAUAUAGCCACUAGUGGAACUACGGUCGUAUGGCACUAUACGACUCGUAAGAUCUCACGGGGAGGUAUAUAUAGGUCCCUAAUAUCACAGUACCGUCCAUCCAACAUGAGAAAGGUUGUGAUAUCCAAUGACUCGCC